CACGGGCGGCACAGUCCGAUUUAUUAGAGAAGGGCGGCAAGAAGCAUAUUUCGAGGGUUGUCCGGUGAUAUGUGUGACGCUACGAUUCAAGCGGGACUCACUGGCGAAGAGCCCGCCUUUCCACGGGUUCGAACGCGUACCUUCCUCAACGGGAGGGAUCCCAAUUCCCAAAUAACAACCUUUAUUACAACAAAUGUCAGGUCAUUUGUCGUUCGUUACUUCUCGGUCUGAAAUAAAGAAGCGGAGAAGGCUCGUUUGGUUAGUUUACCAAUUUUAUAUUUGAGAGAGCUCAAUAUUGAGGAGAGAAGGUGCAGUCUUUCGUUUUCUCCUGCAAACUUUCCCUACAUCCAUUGCAUUCUUCAAAUCCAAAGAUGGAGGUUCUUCCCUCGAUAUUUGCACUUAUUGUCCCACUGGUGCUUCUAUCAAGCUUGCAACCAGCAGUUGGAAUUAGAUUUGUGAUCGACAGAGAAGAGUGCUUCUCUCACAACGUUCAGUAUGAAGGGGAUACCGUUCAUGUUUCCUUUGUUGUGAUUAAAGCUGACACACCAUGGAGUUACGGUGAAGAUGGUGUAGAUCUUGUGGUAAAGGGGCCUUCUGGUGAUCAAAUUCAUGACUCUCGUGAUAAGACAAGUGAAAAGUUUGACUUCAUAGUUCGCAAGAAAGGUCUUCACCAAUUUUGCUUCACUAACAAAUCUCCUUAUCAUGAAACCAUAGACUUUGAUGUACAUGUUGGCCAUUUUGCACACUUUGAUCAGCAUGCUAAAGAUGAACAUUUCAACCCCUUGAUGGAACAGAUUGCUAAGUUAGAGGAAUCUCUUUAUAACAUCCAAUUUGAACAGCACUGGUUGGAGGCUCAGACUGACCGCCAAGCACUAGUGAAUGAAGGAAUGAGCCGGAGGGCAAUACAUAAGGCCAUGUUUGAGUCAGCAGCACUAAUAGGAGCUAGUGUUCUCCAAGUCUAUCUCCUUCGUCGCUUGUUUGAACGAAAACUUGGAACAUCUAGAGUUUAGGUUCAAUGAUGGAGUUUUUAUUGGUUGUAAAAUUCAAAGGAUAUUUUCUUCCCUGGAUAAUUUUUUUUUUCCUUUUUUAGUGAAAAUGGAAACAAAAUGGUUCUGUAGCUCAUUCCUUCAUGGAAUUUCCCUACAGGGAAUAAUAUGUACAGUUGCUAAUUCUGGGAUUUUACUUGGAUGGUUGGAUUUUACUGGGAUUUUCCUUUGGUCACCUAAUUUUAGGUGGAUAGUUUUUUGAA